AUGCCGGUGAUAUUCCCUGUAAAGGAAAGGGGGCUGUCGUCGCAUGCCGGACAUGCCACUGCACAGCUUAGGAUUGAAGGGGUGCCACCCGCAGUCAAGAUCAAGAUCUGGACCGGUUAUAUCAAGGCCGAGAAAGCCGACAGUCCACCGUGGCUCCGACGAGGACAGACGAUCGGUGGGACAGAGGAAAAUACCAUGCAGAUAUUUGUGAAGAACUUGAGCGGCAGGUGCAUCACAUUUGAUGUGUAUCCAGAAACCACGAUUUUGGAGCUGCAACGGAUGGUUCACCAGAAAGAGGGCAUACCACCGGAUUCUCAGCGGUUUAUAUUUAGGGGCAAGGCACUCGAGACUCACCACCACGCAUUUGCAAAAUCAGAACGGACACUAAAUGACUACGAGAUCACGCGCGAAUCGAUAAUUCAAUUGUUCUUAAGUGUCCGUGGUGGUGAUGCAAUGCAACUCAUAGCUGACCAUCACUCGGAUGACGCCGGAGACGCAAGUCGCUACCUUGAAAUCGGCCCUGGCGGCGUGAUCCUCCGGGGCUUCACCGAUGACAAGGGCGAGUACGAGUGGGAGGAGAAGCCAAUUAGGCAACUAGAAAUCGACAUCGUCGAGCCCGCCUCCUUCCAUUCUCUUGCUGGCUCACCGAAGGAUCGCUUGGUGCUACCUCUAGAAAAGACCAAGAUGACAUCGAGCGAGCGGAAGCCAGGAAACACCUCCUCGGCCAUCUUAUCUAUUGCCCAUUGUCAGGACCAAAACCCAUCCAAGGUCCCGUUCCGAGAUAUCGAUCGCAGACUGGAACCUGCCGGUGCCCUGCCAGCAUUGGACGUCCGGGUGCAGGAGUCCUCCGAUGCCAAGAGGCGGAGGAGGCCCUUCUUGGGAGGCUAG